AUGCCCCGAGGCAGUAAGUCAUCUGUUAAAGUGAAACAAGAAAAUGAAAUUCAAUCGUAUAUUAAUUCAUUCAAAGAAAUUGAGGAAACUGAGGUCCCAUCGACCUCAGCCGAUAAAGUAUUCAUAACAUCUGAUGAGAACUUUGAGCAAAUUGAAGCUAGUGGCGAAAAUGAUGAAGAAUAUAAAUAUGUAUUCAUUGUACAAGAUGAGGAUGAGGAAGGUGUAGAUGACAAAAUUAUUGAAGAAGAAGAGGAUGGAGAGAAUGAAGUCUAUGAAUUUGAGGAUUUUGAAGAAGAGAUAAUUGAAGAAGUUGUGGAAAAAGUUAAACCAAAAGCUGGAACAUCAACAAAAAAGAGCUCUGCUGGAACUCAGAACAGCAGUGUUACACAUAUGUGUUCUUAUUGUAAUUAUUCAACAUCCAAACGAUAUCUUCUUGCUCGACACAUGAAAUGUCAUAGUGAGGAUCGACCACAUAAAUGUAAUGUUUGUGAACGAGGAUUUAAAACAAUCGCUAGUUUAACAAAUCACGUCAAUACUCAUACUGGCAUUAAGCCUCAUCAAUGUAAGUUUUGCGAUUCUGCAUUCACUACAUCAGGAGAACUUGUUCGACACGUUCGCUAUCGACAUACUCAUGAGAAACCCCAUAAGUGUCCAGAGUGUGAUUAUGCAAGUGUUGAGUUAUCGAAACUUAAGCGACAUAUUCGUUGCCACACAGGUGAACGUCCAUAUCAGUGUCCUCAUUGUACUUACGCAUCUCCUGAUACAUUCAAAUUAAAAAGGCAUCUUAGAAUUCACACUGGGGAAAAACCAUAUCAAUGCGAUGUCUGUCAAGCAAGAUUUACUCAAUCAAACUCUCUAAAAGCUCAUAAAUUGAUUCAUUCAGUUGGAGACAAGCCUGUAUUUCAAUGUGAAUUGUGCCCUACAACUUGUGGCAGGAAAACUGAUUUAAGGAUUCACGUUCAAAAAUUACAUACAUCAGAAAAGCCAAUACAAUGCAAGAGAUGUAAUGGAGAGUUUCCAGAUCGAUACAGCUACAAAAUCCAUGCAAAGACCCAUGAAGGAGAGAAAUGUUAUAAAUGUGACUUGUGUUCAUAUGCUUCAAUAUCAGCAAGACAUCUUGAAUCUCACAUGCUAAUACACUCGGAUCAGAAACCUUACAAUUGUCAAUUUUGUGACCAAACCUUUCGACAAAAACAGCUUCUUAAACGUCACGAAAAUAUUUACCAUAAUCCAAAUUAUGUGGCAACAACACCAAAAGAAAAGACACAUUUAUGUCCAACAUGCAAUAAAGCAUUUCGUCAUAAAGGCAAUUUAAUGCGACAUAUGGCACAGCAUGAGAAUGGCCAAACGGAACCUGGAACUACAAAAAUUGUUCGUGUCAAAGGAGAACCUGGAAAUGCAGGCGAUGAAGGUAGUGACAAUUAUGUAGUGGUGGAAGUCCUACAAGAUGGGGCUGAGAUUCAAUAUGAUGAUGAACUUGAAUUAGAACAAAUCGGAGAGGAAAUGGAAGUAGAUUCUGAGAGUUACACUCUUACAGAAAAUAUUGAUUCAGAUGUUAUUAUGUCAAUGAAACAGACAUCAAAAGUGCCAACAUCAACAGCACUAGCAUUUAAUUUUACUGACGAAGAGGAUGAAGAUGAUGAUGAAGUUAAGGAAUAA